CUAUUAUUAUUUUAAUCAUUUAAUGUCAAGACAGUUUGGACAAAGCAGUGUAAGAUCAUAUCAACAUUUACAUAAUCGAACGGUAUUAUUUGGCGAUGCAUCCAAUCGACAAACACCAUCUCCAUCUUCAUCUAUGUUCGGAAGUGCGCGAUCUUCUCCUGAUCGACCUGUGCAACUCAAGAUGGAUGAUGGUGACCUAGAAUACCUUGAAAGUCAAAACGAAGAUCGGAUUACUGGGUUAUCGGCAAAAGUUCAAGUCCUGAAAAGUAUCACUGGAAAAAUCGGGGAAGAAAUUCGACAUGGCAAUAGUUUAUUGGACACUAUGAAUGAUCAAUUCUCCAAUACAAACAAUGUCCUAGGCAAAACUAUGCACAAUUUCAAAAUUAUGGCAUCCAAGCAAUCAGCAUCUAUGAUGUGUUAUAUGACCUUAUUUAUUGUUGUAGCUGUAUUUGCAGCAUAUUACAUCUUUUUUAAAUAGUUUUAUUUUAUUUUUCUCCACUUCUAUAUUAUUACUAUUCAUUUAGAUACCUCAUUUUCUGUAUAGACACACACUCUCUUUUGGUUCUUACUACUACUACUACUACUACAAUUACCCAUUAUCAUCAUUACCAUUAUUACUACUGAUUGAUAUAUAUAUUCACAAAUAAACCAUCAUUUAAAUAU